AUGGCUUCAUGGGAUUUCAUCGAUGAAGUCGACAUUUUGCCGAAACUGCCGCCGAAUUUUGGCGAGUUGUGCGAAUCGAAAAAAUGGCAGGAACGAAAAGAAGGUCUCGAAACGCUAUUGAAACUCGUCACCGACAAUGAGAGGCUUUCAACGAAAGUCUCAUAUUCGGAAAUUGUCGCACAAUUGCAGACGACUCUAGCCAAAGACGCAAACAUUAAUGUUCAAGCAUUGGCGGCAAAAUGCCUCACUCGUUUCGCGUUGGGUCUUCGCGCCAAAUUCGCGCCAUUCGCCACACCAUUAUUGCCAGUGAUUUUCGAGAAGUUCAAAGAGAAGAAGCCGGUGCUCCGCGAGCCGCUCGUUGAAUGCUCGAAUGAGGUCGCGAGAACGAUGCCGACCCUUGAGCCGAGCCAGGAUGAUAUUCUUGCCGCUCUCGGCAAACCGAAUCCGCAGAUCAAACAGCAGACAGCGUUGUUCCUCGCCAGGCAACUCGAUCUCAUCGUGCCGGCGAAGCAGCCAAAGGCGUUGAUCAAAGCCAUUGUGCCGGUACUCGGAAAGCUCACUGGUGAUGCCGACGCUGACGUCAGAGAUGCCGCCGUUCAAGCUCUUGGCGCGGUUCAGCGACUCAUUGGAGACAAGAAUGUGAAAUCGCUGCUCGGCGAUCUCGGAGCCGACGAGGGACGAAUGAAGAAGGUGGCGGAAGCCGCUGAGAAUUCGGCGACGAAUUUUGCCGAAGAGCAAUCGAAGAACGCGCCGCCUCCGCCGCCGCCGACAUCCGCUUCGGCACCAUCGACGACGGCAGCAUCGUCGGGCGGCGCGACGACACAUUCGACGGCGGCGACGACCAGCGGCGGUGCGAACGAAGCGGAUCCUUGGGAUUUUCUCGACGCGUUCGAUGUUCUUGCGAAAAUGCCGCCCGAUUUCGAGACGAUGAUGGAGCAGAAGAAGUGGACGGAACGUCGCGAUGCGCUUCAAGCGUUGUUCGAUUUGAUAUCGGCGAAUCCGAAAUUGGAGCCGAAAGCCAAUUAUGGGGCGUUGGUCGAGCGAUUGCAGAAGGUUUUGGAGAAGGACGCGAAUAUUAAUGUGGCGGCUCUCGCCGCGAAUUGCAUUCGAUUGAUUGCCGAAGGAUUGCGCACAAAGUUCCAACCAUUCGCCCUUGCCGUUGCUCCGAUCAUUUUUGAGAAGUUCAAAGAGAAGAAGCCGAUUCUUCGCGAUCCGCUCGUUCAGUGCAUUGAUUCGGUGGCGGCGACGACGAAUCUCGAAGCGCUCGGCGAGAUUGUGCUCGCCGCGCUUGCCAAACCGAAUCCGAGCAUCAAAACGCAAACGGAUUUGUUCCUCCAGAGGACGUUUAUGAAGCUCAACUCGCAAACGAUGCCGAAGAAGACGUUGAAGACACUCGUGCCUCUUCUUAUUAAGCAUUCCGGUGAUUCGGAUUCUGAAGUUCGCGACGCUUCCUAUGCGGCGAUGGGUGCAAUGAUGAGGGCGAUUGGCGAGAAGCCAUCGCUUCAGCUUUUGGCGGACGUGGUCACGGAUAAUAUCAAAAUGGCGAAGAUCAAAGAGUAUCACCAAAAAGCGCUGGAUGAGGCGGGACCCGCGGAAAUCGCCGCCAUGGUGCAAUCGAUUCAUAAGGCCGAUGCCCCAUUGAAAAAAGCGCCACCAACGAAAGCUGCUGCAGCUGCCGUUGAGGAGGAGAACGAGGUUGAGGCUGAGGAAGAGCCAUUGAAGCUGCCUACGGGCGCUGAGAAGAAGAAGGAGGAAAAGAAGAAGACGGUGUCGCCCAGAGACAAUAUCGAGAAUGAGCCGCCCGGCGAGAAGAAGCCUGAGCUUGUGCUCAGCGAGAAUGGCGAUAAAGCGCAACGAAUAAAAGAUGAGAAGGCGCUGAAGUUGGUCAAAUGGAAUUUCCAAGCUCCGACCGACGAGCACAUCGCGCAACUUCAGAAUCUUCUCGGCGCUCAGGCGAAAGUCUCGCUGAUGUCGCAGUUGUUCAAUAAGGACUUCAAGCAGCAGCUGAAGGGUAUUGAGCAGCUCGCCGAGCUUGCCGAGAUCGCGCCCGGCACAAUAACGGCGAAUAGCGAUUUGCUUCUGAAAUGGUGUACUUUGAGAUUCUUUGAGACGAAUCCGUCGGUUCUGAUUAAGGUUCUUGAGCUUUGCAAAAUUAUUGUGGUCCUGAUUCGCGACACGGAGACGACGAUGUCGGUCGAAGAGCUCACCGCGUUUGUGCCUUACUUGCUCAUCAAAACGGGAGAAGCCAAAGAGAAUAUGCGAGUGGCGGUUCGCGAAAUCGUUGAUAUUCUAACCGAUAUUGUGGGACCACUAAAAAUGGCGCCUAUGAUACUUGAAGCGCUGAAAGGAAAGAAUGCUCGUCAGCGAGCCGAAUGUCUACUUGUCAUCGAAUCGUAUGUGUCGAAUGCUGGAAUCGCGACUCUAAAAGCGCUGGGAAUCGAGAAAACCGCGGCGGGUUUGGUCGCCGACAAGGAUGUGAACGUGCGGAAUGCGGCGAUCAAUGUGCUCGUCGCGUGCUACAAAUUCGAAGGCGAUCAGAUGUGGAAGGCGGCCGGCCGAAUUCCCGACAAGGAUCGAUCGAUGGUCGAGGAGCGAAUCAAACGAUCGGGAGUUGUCGCUGGAAGCGGUGUGGCGAAAUCGACGCCAACAGGCGGUCCGAAGAUUGUGGUCCCGCAACAAGGUACCGUUGUCCGAAGACCGCAUUCACAAACUCGCAAUGAGAGCAAUGAGGCGGAGGAGAAGCUGAAUGAUACAUUUACAAUGCACUCGGGAACCCCGAGGAGACCCAUGGAAGAGACGAGGUCGACAUCGAGAUACGCGUUGAGAGAUGACUUUGUCUCGUCGGCGUUCUCUCGACUGACCACCAUCCAGGCGCCGAUCAUCUCGCCGGUGCAAUCCUAUCAGCAGCCGAUCAAGCGCACCAACUCGUCGUCGUCGAUAUCGUCGAUCGACACCGGCGAUCAGAUUGAGCGAAGCAUCAAUAAUAUAUCGUCGAGCCUUCCCGAUGUUGCCGAAGACGCGAUGUAUCAGGUGACGUAUGUGCUGAAUCAGCCCGAUCAGCGGCAUCUUGUCGAUCGACGCGCGGAUUUGGUGUUCCGCGCGUGUUCGGCACAAUUGGAUAGCAUUAUGGAGGAUUUCAAUGCGGGAAAAGGGUUGCCGACGACGAUGGACGCGUGCAUUCAGAUGUUGUUCAUGCUUGUCGGCGGUGUUGAUCAGGAUCAUGGCCUUGAACCGCUUGCCGCCUCACCGGAAUCCAUCAAAUCGAUGAUUGUCUCGAUUUUGAGAUGCAUUAACAGCAUUGGAAAUGCCGAAGGAGCGUAUGAGCGCGCUCGUUCGCUGAAUCGUCUCGCGAUGCGUUUGAUCUACCGAAUGGAAUUGUCGAAUUUGCUUUGCGGAUUGGUGUUGGCGAUAACCGAAUGCCUCAAAAAGUAUCCCGAUGUGGCGAAAUUGGUGUCAAGGUUGACGUCGAAAUGGUGUCAGGAGCUGGAGAAGCGGCGAACUCAGCUUCGCUCAUCGGCGAUUGUCUCGUGCUUCAACAACUUCUAUCAAUUGGCUCUUGUGGAGCUGAAAUUGGAUUUGGCCGAUGAGUAUAUCGAUUUGAUGGACAACAUACUCGAGCGCGUCAUUCUGCAGCAGGGCGACGUUGUGUUGGACGCGGCGCGGCGUCUCGAUCGGCCGCACAUGCAUUUGACGAGUCUCAUCAACAAAUUGUUGCAGACGAUGCGCGAGAAGAACAUCGCGCCGAUAAUGCCCGGAACGCUUGAGGAGCCAGUGGCGACGGCGAAAGAGGACGUUGUGACGCGAAAAGGUCCGCAGGUGCUCUUCGAGAACAUCGUUCGCGACUCGUCGCGUCUCGUCGAGCACACGACGAAGCUCGUCGACGCGCUCGCCGUCUCGACGGAAACGCGCCAUCAAUUCGACGAGUUCAAACGCAAAUCGCCGUUCGGCGAGAUGCUCGACGAUGUUGUGAAGUUGGCGAAGAGCGGCGAACUGGUGAAUCCGAAUUUGGUGUCGACGGUGGAAAGCGCGCAGGCGGCGCUUCGAAUCGCCAAAAUGAUGGGCGUCGAGGAGGAGGCGUUGAUGGCGCAAAUCGCGACGACGCCGCCGCAAUCGAAUUCGGGAUUCUCGAAAAUCGAGCGCGGCGACAUGACGGUGACGCGAAACGCGGCGCCCGCCAUCAAGCCGCCGAAACGCAAAACGAUGAGCCGCGAGCAGAUGGCGAACAUUCAGAAGCAAUUGCAAAGCGCCACAAUUAACUAA